UUGAUGUUGGUGUCUCAUUAUCUGACUGACUACCAUGAAGGUAAAUUUAUCUUGAUUUCAGUAGCUCUACUCUGAGUACACUUAGUUAUUUGAGUCACAGAUAUAUUAAUUAUCAUAUAUUUUUUCCACUCUUCUUUGGCUUCCUAAACAGAGUCACACUUGCUAUCUUCAGAGUGACCAUGGCCAACCUGACCUCGAUGAGUGGAUUCCUCCUCAUGGGGUUUUCUGAUGACCAUAAGCUUCAGAUUUUACAUGCGCUGCUGUUUUUGGUGAUAUAUCUAUUGGCCUUGACAGGCAACCUCCUCAUUAUCAUCAUCACUACCUUGGACCAUCACCUCCAUUCCCCCAUGUAUUACUUCUUGAAGCACCUCUCUCUUCUGGACCUCUGUUUCAUCUCUGUCACAGUCCCCCAGUCCAUUGCAAAUUCACUUAUGAACAAUGGCUACAUUUCUCUCGGUCAAUGCAUUCUUCAGGUUUUCUUCUUCAUAGCUCUGGCCUCAUCAGAAGUGGCCAUCCUCACAGUGAUGUCUUAUGACCGGUACGUAGCCAUCUGUCAACCACUGCAAUAUGAAACCAUCAUGGACCCCUGGGCCUGUAGGCAAGCCGUGAUAGCUGUGUGGGUUACUGGGGGCCUCUCUGGGCUGACACACACAGCAAUUAACUUCUCUGUCCCUCUCUGCGGGGACAGAGUCAUUCACCAAUUCUUCUGUCAUGUUCCUCAGAUGCUGAAACUAGCUUGUUCUUAUGAAUUCAUUAAUGAAAUUGCAGUGGCUGCAUUCACGACCUCGACAGCCUUUUUCUGUUUGAUCUCUAUUCUGCUUUCCUACACGCGUAUCUUCUCCGCAGUGCUGCGGAUCCCGUCAGCCCAGGGCCGGACUAAGGUCUUUUCUACCUGCCUACCACACCUACUUGUAGUCACUUUCUUUCUCUCAGCUGCGGGCUUUGAGUUUCUAAGGCCACCUUCUGAUUCUCAAUCAGCUAUGGACUUCAUGUUCUCCAUAUUCUAUACUGUGGUACCUCCGACCCUCAAUCCCGUUAUCUAUAGUUUACGGAAUAAAGCCAUGAAGGCAGCGCUGAGGAAGGUACUGUCGAAAGAAGAAUUUGCUCAGAGAAAGAAGUACUUUAAAGCCAUUUUUCAACUCUGAAGGACCAUACGAGAAAAGCAUUGUUAUUAUGGUUCAUAUUGUAAGAGGAAUAAAUCUGACUCCUUCCCAGACCAGAACUCCCUUCCAACCUUUCUAUUCUUUAUAUUCUCCUCGAAAUACAAUUCUUCAAAAUUUAAGAUGUUAUGCUUCUGAGGACAUUGGCCUUGUUCCCAUCAGUUCAAUUGUAUUUUUAGGCAUAUUUUGAGAAUUUUUCUGAACUAAAAGGGAAAAGGCAAUCAGUUUGGGAUUUGACAAUUAUAACUUAAAGUUGGCUUUUAACAAAUCGACUCCAGACUGCUGUCAAGUGAUCUGAUUGUGUUUACGAGAUAGUAUAUCACGGUGUAUGUAUGUGAUUUCCAGUUCACCUCCAAGUUUCCUAUGUGCAUUAAGUACCCAUAUUAAUUUUUCCUUGCUAUUAUGUAUUAUAAUAGUUUUCCCCACAGCAGUUUAUUCAGUCUCUAAUAAAUGUCCACAUUUUUUCUUUUAGCUCUACAUACAAUUCUUCUAGCUAUGCCAUAUCAUCCCACUUCUAUCAAUUGAGACACUAAAUUUAGGAGAGAUUAAUUUUCUUGAGAUUUCUCAAAUAAAAAGUAGUAAAUAUAUGGAGUUCCCAUUGUGGCUCAGUGGUUAAAUCACCCAACUAAC